AUGGCCGUGACACAGGAACCUUUCUACCCGAAUAUCGAUCAGCUGAUCCGAGAUCGUGCAAAGACGCAUGUUGACAAGCCAAUUCUCUCCUACGCGGAUGAGAAUGGUGCUUUUCAGAAUUACACUGGGGCUGACAUAGAGCGAUUGACCAGAGCUGCAGCGACGGCAUAUCGUAAAGCGCUUCCCAAGAAGCCUGGUCUGUUCAGAGUGGCUCUAGUUGGAGUCUCCAGUCUUGACUAUUACAUUGCAUUUUUUGCAUUGCAAAGGUUGGGUUUGACGUCGAUGUUCUUGUCUCCACGGCUCGCAGACCAAGGAUAUGCGCAUCUCUUGGCUGCUACAGAAUGCCAGGUGGUCAUCGCGGCGGAGGGAUCUGUGAAAACGAUGGAGCGAGUCCGGGAGACAAGCGGUUCGCCAGCAGUUGUUAUACCCCUCCUGAAUCUGCAAGCGCUAUCUAAACUGGGGCUUGAGGACGGACAGAUACCGCCUGUACCAGCUGAUAGUAAGCAAGAGUUCGUUAUCCACAGCGGUGGUACGACAGGCUUGCCAAAGCCAGUUGUACUCUCUCCAAGCGCGUGGUUGGCGCAAGCAGCUAUGGUGGCCGCCCGAAUGCCUCGCGCUAACACUUUGACGACACUGCCUUUGUUCCAUAGUUUUGGCCUGGCUACUUUACUCCGCUGUCUCGUCAAUGGUACGACACUUGCAAUCUCGAAUGCCAACCGGCCGAUAACCGCAUCAAUCAUCAAUGCUUCAAUCGAACGGACAUCGUCCAAGGCGCUGGUGACUGUCCCAUACAUUCUCAAGUUCUUCACUGAGAUUCCCGGUGGUAUCGAGCGACUGGGCAGUCUCACCCAGGUCAUUGUCGCUGGAUCAGCAAUCCCGAACGACCUAGCAGAAGUUCUGUUGGCCAAGAAAGCGCGCAUAUAUCAUCUCUAUGGUCUGACUGAAGCGGGUGCCCUGAUGGAAGCCUGGCCAACAGAUUUUCGGUGGGUUACCCCACUGGCGCACGCAGUACCAUUUUUGAAAUUCGAGCCUGUUGGAGAAGGUAAUUUCCAUCUUGUCGUGAUGCCUGGGCUUCCCGCCAAGGUGUAUUCUAACCGUGAGGAUGGGUCGUACGCCACGAAAGAUGUAUUUCGGCCCCACCCGACGGACCCAGCCGUAUGGAGGUUCGUGGCCAGACAGGACGAUAUAAUCGUCCUGAUAAAUGGGGAGAAAGCAGAUCCCACGCCCCUAGAAGACGCAGUAUCGCGGAACCUUAACGUACGCGCAGCAGUCGUGUUUGGAGCGGAGCGGGACUCACUGGGAAUGAUUGUGGUUGCGUCAGAUACCGCUAAGACACUGAGUAAGGAAGAAAUUCUGGAAAGUAUUGCUGCCGAUCUGGACUUGGGUAAUUCUCGUGUCCCUGGGUAUGCGCGAAUAUCUCCUGAUGCGGUCAUCGUCAAAAAAGCAGACACGCCCUUCCCUCGCACUGACAAGGACACCGUCAUCAAACCUCAAUUUCUGAAGUCAUUCGCUGCUGACAUCGAGGAAUACUAUGAAGCACGAUCACGAGCGACGAACGAAGCGGUUGAAGUGUCAGAUGACCAAAUCGCAUCAAGAGUGCGGCAUAUCGUUACUUCGGCCUUGAACCUCUCGACGAUCGACGAUGAGGCCGACUUUUUCGCUUUGGGUAUGGACUCGUUACAGGCCUCUAAUGUGCGGUCUAGUAUCGUGAAAAGCAUUCACCUUCGCGGUGCCACGCUCGCCACCAACGCCGUCUUCGAACAUGCCAACAUCUCUCUAUUGACCCGUCAUCUGCUCGACCUUCGACAAGGACUCUCUACCAAAGAGGACUCUUCCGAAGCGCUUGCCCAGGCGCUCUUGGAGAAGUACUCUAAUUUCACACCUUUUCCCUUGGGUACGAUCGAUGAGGGACCAUCUUGCGUGCUUCUCACCGGCGCCACAGGGGCAAUUGGCUCCCACUUGCUUCACAACCUCCUCACCAAUUCUGCUGUAGCACAGGUAUAUUGUCCUGUUCGCGCUUCAGACUGCUCCGCAGCCUAUACCCGCAUCCACUCAGCCCUAGAGCACGCCCGUCUCCUCUCCCAUACUGAUCCCGCAACCCACCUCUCGAAGAUUGUUGCUCUUCCCUGCGACUUCACUGCACCUAAUCUUGGUCUUUCUGCUCGCCUUCUUACAUUGUUCUCCCGAUCUGUAACUCACAUCAUUCAUAACGCUUGGUCAGUCAACUUCAACCAUUCACUCCGUAGUUUCGAGCAGGAUUCUCUUCGCUCAACUCACUUUCUCCUUACUCUCGCCGCCUCUUCUCUCCGCUCUCAAAAACCUGUUUUCACUUUCGUCUCCAGUAUCGCCGCUGCCCUAUGCGCCCAGCCAUCCCACGCCAUUCCUGAGACCCUGCACCCAUGGUGUGCUGUUGCUGGAAUGGGCUACGGACAGAGCAAAUGGGUAGCGGAGCACAUGGCUGCCGCAGCUGCGGAGACAGCCCAAGUUCCCGCUCGGGUUGUGAGGCUGGGACAGGUGUGUGGGGAUACCGAGUGGGGUACAUGGAAUUCGGCUGAGGCGUUCCCGAUGACGGUACAGGCGGCCCGCACAAUUGGGGCGUUGCCGGUAGUGGAUGAUGACGAGGAAGAGAGUUGGUUGCCAGUCGAUGUUGCAGCAGAGGCAUUGGCACAGAUAGCACUGUCACCCGAGCAAAACGGUGCGAAGUUUCACGUGCUCCAUGUUGUCAACGAGGCGCCCAUCCUCUGGAAUGCGCAGUUCUUGCCCCGCUUGGAGAAAUAUGGGCUAGAAUUUGAGGCAGUGCCCCAGAGAGAAUGGGUGCAUAGACUAGAAGCCUCAGACCAGGAUGUGAAAGUCAACCCGCCUUUCAAGCUGCUUGAAUUCUUCAAAACAAGAUAUGGAUCUGCCCAAGGAGCUUCGCAGCCAAAGUUUGAGACCACGCAGGCGAAGAGAUGGGCGCCUUGCCUGGAAGGCGGAGUAGACAUCAGUGAGGAGUUAGUUGGGAAGUUCCUCAGAUAUUGGAUGGAGGAAGCAUGGGUAAAGAAACCCAAUGACGGAGAUCGAUGA